UCGAAGGCAGGAAAAAAUUGAGUUUUUCACCACGGACAAGGAAGGAAAAGCUCUGUUCGCUGUGCCCGCUCUGUGUGCCCGUGAUUCCGAUCGCAUUCGCGCAAUGAUGUAGUGCAUUUCAAACGGUUUACACGGUCCCAAAACGAAGUUACAACCGAACGGUGCAAAAAGAAAGAAGCUGUGUUGCGAUAAAAAUCGAAAACCCCGUUUUUAUCCAGCCGCCACUCCAACAUAAACCAGCACCAAGCUGACCAGGCAGUGUGCAAGAUUCGGCCGAAGGCGAAUAUAGUGCUGUGAACACUGCGUGCAGGAUUAUAUUAAAGGGCUGUGCGUGCGUGCGUGUUACUGCGGUCGGUAGUGACCGCUAGAGAAGCAGCAAUUACGUGAAAGUUUUGCAAGUGGAUGCUCAGAUUUGUCGACCCCCAUUGUGUGUGUUGUGUGUGAACCAAAGUAGACAAGGCGCAGAUACGACGGAACAAAAGCGCAAGGUGGCGCUUGGUUCUCGAGCUCUAGCAGGAACAAAAACAAGUGAAAACAGCUCAUCAACAGACAGUCCACCACAAUGGAGUCACUGAUUCCGAUCGUGAACAAGCUGCAGGAUGCAUUUACCCAGAUGGGGGUGCAUAUGCAGCUUGACCUGCCACAGAUAGCGGUGGUUGGUGGCCAGUCAGCAGGAAAAUCAUCUGUGCUGGAAAACUUUGUCGGAAGGGAUUUUCUUCCCCGAGGAUCUGGCAUUGUUACGCGACGGCCAUUGAUUUUACAGCUUAUCAAUGGAACUGUGGAAUUUGGAGAGUUCCUUCAUCAGAAGGGCAAAAAGUAUGCCAACUUUGAGGAAAUUCGACAGGAGAUCGAGGCGGAAACCGAUCGCAUCACCGGCAGCAAUAAGGGCAUCUCGAACAUACCGAUUAAUCUUCGAGUGUACUCACCGCAUGUACUCAACUUGACGCUGAUCGAUUUGCCCGGUCUGACCAAGGUGCCGAUCGGCGAUCAACCGGCCGAUAUCGAGAAUCAAAUCAAAGGCAUGAUCUUUCAAUUCAUUCGUAAGGAAACUUGCCUUAUUUUGGCGGUCACGCCUGCCAACACCGAUUUGGCCAACAGCGAUGCACUAAAGCUGGCCAAAGAGGUCGAUCCGCAGGGUGUACGAACGAUUGGUGUCAUCACCAAGCUGGAUCUGAUGGACGAGGGUACUGAUGCGCGCGAUAUUCUCGAAAAUAAGCUGCUGCCGUUGCGCCGUGGCUAUAUCGGCGUGGUGAACCGUUCGCAGAAGGAUAUCGAAGGACGGAAGGACAUUCACGCUGCAUUGGCUGCCGAGCGCAAGUUCUUCCUGAGCCAUCCGAGCUAUCGGCACAUUGCUGAUCGGCUCGGUACGCCGUACUUGCAGAAGGUGCUCAAUCAACAGCUGACCAAUCAUAUCCGCGACACGCUGCCGGCGCUCCGUGAUCGACUACAGAAGCAAAUGCUCACCCUGGAGAAGGAUGUUGAUCAAUACAAACAUUUCCGCCCAGAUGAUCCUAGUAUCAAAACGAAGGCUAUGCUGCAAAUGAUCCAGCAGCUGCAGUCAGAUUUUGAGCGCACAAUUGAAGGUUCCGGUUCGGCGCUAGUCAACACGAACGAACUUUCAGGCGGUGCCAAGAUUAACAGAAUUUUCCACGAACGAUUGCGCUUCGAGAUCGUCAAGAUGUCCUGCGAUGAGAAGGAACUGCGGCGUGAGAUUUCGUUCGCCAUUCGCAACAUUCACGGUAUUCGUGUCGGUUUGUUCACACCCGACAUGGCGUUCGAAGCGAUCGUCAAGAAACAAAUUUCACAGCUCAAGGAACCGAUCCUGAAGUGCGUCGAUUUGACCGUUUUGGAGCUGUCCAAUGUUGUCAGAAUUUGUACCGACAAGAUGGCUCGUUAUCCGCGUUUGCGUGACGAAACGGAACGCAUCAUUACGACGCAUAUUCGUCAGUGCGAACAAAAGUCCAAAGAGCAGAUGAUGCUACUGAUUGACUAUGAGCUGGCCUACAUGAACACCAACCACGAAGAUUUCAUUGGCUUCGCAAACGCUCAAAGCAAAACUGAAAACGCGGUCAAGAGUGGUACUCGCAACCUCGGUUCGCAAGUUAUCCGCAAAGGACACAUGUGCAUUCAAAACCUGGGCAUCAUGAAAGGCGGUUCGAGACCGUACUGGUUUGUGUUGACCUCCGAGAGUAUCUCGUGGUUCAAGGAUGAAGAUGAGAAGGAGAAGAAGUUUAUGUUGCCCCUGGACGGGCUUAAGCUGCGUGACAUCGAGCAAGGUUUCAUGUCCCGGCGACACACAUUCGGUCUCUUUAAUCCCGAUGGGCGUAACGUUUACAAGGAUUACAAACAAUUGGAACUGUCUUGCGAAAGUACUGAUGAUGUGGAUUCAUGGAAAGCAUCCUUCCUAAGGGCUGGCGUAUACCCGGAAAAGGAUACUCCCGCCAACGGAGAUGAGACGGAAGCGGAGGAGAGCAAUGAAAGUGGCCCCACUGGACAGUCCCUCGAUCCGCAGUUGGAACGACAGGUCGAGACGAUACGCAAUCUCGUGGAGUCCUACAUGCGCAUCGUAACAAAAACUACACGUGACAUGGUUCCGAAAGCUAUAAUGAUGUUGAUCAUUAACAAUACCAAGGAUUUCAUCAACGGUGAGCUGUUGGCGCAUUUGUACGCCUCCGGAGAUCAGGCCUCAAUGAUGGAAGAAAGCGCGGAUGAAGCACAAAAGCGGGAAGAAAUGUUGCGAAUGUAUCACGCCUGCAAGGAAGCACUGCGCAUUAUUGGUGACGUUUCAAUGGCUACAUUUUCAACGCCCGUACCACCGCCGGUGAAAAAUGAUUGGCUGUCGAGCGGCCUGGACAAUCCGCGACUGUCACCACCGAGUCCAGGCGGUCCGCGUAAAGCAGCACCACAGCAGCAGGGUUCGCUUGGCUCGAUGGGAGCUCCGGCUGGCCGGGGACCACCACCCGCACCCGCUAGUGCACGGCCGGCUCCGGCAAUACCGAACAGGCCGGGAGGUGGAGCAGCCCCACCUCUACCUGGUGGACGUCCAGGUGGCCAAGCGCUACCAGCUCCAUUGAUUCCAUCGCGCCCGGGUGGUUCCGCUGCGGGUAUGGUACAGAUGCUUCCGGCCAGCACCAGGCAACAGAUCAACCAGCAGGUUGGCCAGGCCGUCACCAAUGCCGCCAUGAACGAACUGUCGAACGUGUUCGCCUCGAAGUUCAAGUAAAGUAUUCCGCUUCCGUGCAUUUCACAUCUAUAAACAUUAACCGUGCUAAAUAUAAUGUUAGCGUAAAUGAGGGCCGCCCUGGAAGGGGGGGGUUUUGUGUUGGUGUGUGGUGAAGGAAAGGCAUAACAUGCGAAAACACUAAAACAAUAUUUGGGAGGACAUGUUUCAUUCUCAUGCUCCUUGCUCUGGCCCAUGUCACGUUCUGUUUUCCCACGACCUCCAUCCGCAUCCACAUCUAUCCACGUUAAUUCUCCAUCCCCGUUUUAAUGUGCAUGUCCCAACCCUGUCCCAAAUCCCGAUCGGUUUUCCCACCGGUGUGUUGUUACUUACAUUGUUAUGAGCAGGCUUGUUGUAAUUCUGAACUAAUCUUGCAACCCGUGAAACCCGCUUACCCAAGCGCGAUGGUAGAUUCCGAUAGAUUCUGGUUCAUUAUAUAUAUAUAAUUGCAAAGUUACGGUAUUACGCGGGAUACGUAUCAUGAAGUAAAAAUAGUAAACACACUGUACGUCUCAUUCCAAAUGAAAGUACUUGUAUUAUUAAAACGAGAAAAUAUGUGACGCAAAAACAGAACAAAAUAUAUAAGAAGCUAACAGUAGUUCGGCAAACCACACAGACCCCAGACACAUGUGCACCAACCAUUCUGUGGGGUGAUUCCAUCUAAAUGAUGCGAAACCCGUACGCUGCACCCUCUGCACCGACACAUGAGAGCCUAGCUGGCAAAAACAAAACAUGUUGAUGUGUUGAUUGUGUGUUUGAACGCUUUAGUGUCUUUGUGUGUCUAGUUUUAAAAUGCAUUGAAUCCAUGGCUCCAGUAAAAAAAAUGUAAAAGUAAAGAAAAAAAAAGCGAGGAAGCGCAAAGUUGAAAGUUGAAAAUUCAACCAACAUAAACGAAAACAUCCAACAACACUACCCCCAGUAAAUCUAUCGAGCAAACAAACAAAUGUUUCAUAUGUUAUAACACAAAUCCAAACAAACAAAGUGAAACCUAAAGGGAAAAAGUAAUACCAAAACAAACUGAAGUAAGUACGGCACAUUAAAGGCAAAAAAAAAUACGAACCAUUUUUUUAAUGUUGAAUAAAAUAUCGUACCUCUAUCUCUACUAUAGGGCUGCAAAUUAAGCUCGCGUAACCUCCAACGUAAGAAUACUACCUGUGUGUAGAACGACUCUCAUACAACAGCAAGAAACACAACAUUCAUUCAUUCCCUAAUCGAUGCGAUAUUUUACCGCCAAUCAAACGAACAAGUUGCAACAACAACAACAAAAUCUCCACUUACACUUUACUGAACUCAAACAAACACUGUUAGAGAAAUGGGGGGUGACCAUUGCACACCCGAAAUGUCUAGAACACAACCCUGGGAAGAGAAGGCAUUUAAAAACACCUCCAAACAACAACAAAAAAUGCGAAUAAAACAAACAAAGGAAACAGAAGAAAAGAGAAAGGGAAAAAACAUAACACAACUAUUACAACAAAUGGUAUAAAUAUAUAUAUAUAUACACCCACAAACACAUGCAUAUAUAAAUAUAGUUCAAAAAGAUAAAAAGUUGUUCACUGUUUGCGUGCGCGGAUAAUAUAAAAAAAAACGCUUAAAAUUGUAGAAGUUUAUAGAAA